UUUUUGUGGCAUUGUUUUGGUUGAAAGCUGAAACAAAAUGCCAGCGGGUCGUGUGGCUGGCAAAGCCGGCUACUCCAAUCAUUACUACAAUGGCCGCUCGUACGUGGGCAUCAACGAGGAGAUCAUGUGGGUCAGCAUUGGGAUGGGCGUGACCAUAGCCCUGCUGAUAACGAUUGCCCUGUGCUACAUUGCUCGGGAGAAGUGCCAGAAGCGGCAGCGCGAGUACUAUGUGACCGCAUAGUUGUUGUAUGCUGCCUGCCACACGACGCACGGCCACGGCGGCAUGCAAAUGAUGCAAGAGCUGGAACAGAAGCGCAAGCGACAGCGGAACCGGGAGCGGGCCGGGGAGCAGGAGCCGCCGGCAACCAUUCACUGCAGCCUUCCGAUGAAUGUGGGAGUGGGCGUGGCAGCUGCCGGAGGAGCUGAA